AUGGCCAGCAGAUCGGUGCAGAUUGGUGAUGUACGGUUUGAUUGGACCGUUCGAGUGGACGGUGGCGUCGGUGGCGUCAUGGCAUGGGGCAUGGAGAAGGGAAGGCAUGGCAUGGGGCGGGCCGUUUUGUCCGCUGCCUUCCCAGUGGCACCCAUUUUAUGUUUCCUCCUCUUAAGCCUUGCACUCUCAUCCUCCCACCUUGUUUCUGCAAAUUUUUACAAUGACUUUGACAUCACAUGGGGAAAUGAUCGUGCUAAGAUACUUGACGAUGGCCAACGUUUGCAGCUUACUCUCGAUCAAUCCUCAGGUUCAGGGUUCCAAUCCAAGAAUGAAUAUCUCUCUGGCAAUAUUGAUAUGCAAAUCAAGCUGGUUCCUGGUAACUCGGCUGGUACUGUUACUGCAUGCUAUCUCUCUUCACAAGGGAAUACACACGACGAAAUAGACUUUGAGUUUCUGGGAAAUCUGUCUGGAGAUCCCUACAUUAUGCACACUAAUAUUUUCUCUCAAGGCGAAGGCAACCGCGAGCAACAAUUCUACCUCUGGUUCGACCCCACUGCAGACUUUCACAGUUACUCUCUGCUCUGGAAUCCCCAACAAAUUAUGUUUUCUGUGGAUGGAACUCCGGUGAGAGUGUUCAAGAACAGUGAGGACCUGGGCGUUGCAUAUCCAAAGAAUCAGACGAUUGGGCAACAGAGGCGGUGCAGUAAAGAUCGAUUGGAGCAAAUCCCCAUUUGUGGCAUCUUAUGGAAAUUUCAAAGCAGAGACAUGCUCUGCCUCCUCUAA